CUUGCAGAAUGGCAUCACAGUGGAAAGUUGCUCUUCUUCUGACUAUCUCAGCUUUACUGGGAAUCGCCCAAGCAUCGAUCACUUGCGAAUCAGAUAGAGAAUACAAGUGUGUUGAUAAGAAAGACUGCCAAACUUUGAUAGAUUAUCGCUCAAUUGGAGCCGGAUGUCCAUCCAAACAAGUUUGCUGCCGGAUCAACGAAAUACAACAAUAUUGCGGAAGAAACAAUGAAAACGUCUGUGUCGAGGAGAAUGUGUGCGGAUCAAAAGUAGAGUUACGUUCGCUCGGUCCACAAUGUCCCGAUGAUUUGAUAUGCUGCGCUGUUGAAACUGAUAAUGACCUCAGCGUUAUGGACCCCGAGCCGCCCAGGCGAAAAGGAAAAUGAUUUAAUUUGCAGUCAUCCUAUUAAUAUUUUAGUCUGCAAAUAAGAAAAACAU